AACGCAAAUGGACCAAUAGAAACACUGCAGAGAAUCAGUACAGCUCGUACACCACCUAUUUCCGUUUUAUCAUUCAGCCCUUUACUGGAAAAUACUCAUGUACCUUACAGACACACGCGACUUUUAUCGCUUUAAUCAGGUUCAGACCGAAAGUAACGAUGGCAGCAGCUUCUGUUUGCUUCUCUGACGGGCUGUAGUAGUGCACCACGUCGUCGGAUCAACACAGCCGAACUCGUUUAGGGUGAAGAUGCCAGUGGACAGGCAGCGGAUGAGGCCAUGGCUGGAGGAGCAGAUCAACAGUGCAAAAAUUCAGGGCCUACAAUGGGUUAAUAAGGAGGAAAAGAUAUUCCAGAUUCCGUGGAUGCAUGCAGCCAGACAUGGCUGGGAUCUGGAUAAAGAUGCUCCGCUUUUUAUGAACUGGGCAGUUCACACAGGAAAAUAUCAUCCUGGAGUAGACAAACCUGACCCCAAGACAUGGAAGGCAAACUUUCGCUGUGCCAUGAACUCUUUGCCAGACAUAGAGGAAGUAAAAGAUAAGAGCAUGAAAAGAGGAAGCAAUGCCUUCAGAGUGUACCGCAUGCUUUCUCCUGCUGAAAAAGCUGCUAAAAAAGUGAAGAAAAAGAUGGAACGGGAGCCAAAAAUGAGAAGACGGAAAAGUAAGAACGCUGAGCCAGAGUCUGAUCCAGUGCAGUUGAAGGAAGACACGCUACCAGACAGCACAGUUUUAUUGGCAGCAGAACCUGAUCAACCCUGUAAUUCUAGUACACCUAACAAGCUGGUGGGCAGUGAUCCCCCAGACGUGUGUGCUGUUGUUGAGAUCACUACAGAGAACGAGGAGUCUGCGGUCAGCUCCACUCAGUUCUCUUUUCCCCUACAGGUCUCCCCUAUCUCCGCAUGUAAUGCAGAAAGUGGUGAUGAAAGCACACACAGUGAAGAAGACUGCAUGGAGAUUGUCCAUGUUCAGGAUUUGUCCACAAGCUCCUCCUCCUCUGUAAGGUCAUCUUUGUCCGUGUUGAGGAUUCCCUCCAGCCUGCCAGACAGAACUGAGUCUUUUAUCACAUCUGGAAAGACGAACUUUUGGGUGACAAGCUGCAGAGAGGAGUCUCCGCUCAUCGCAUAUGAUGAGCCACCGUGGCGUCCUUUCCUCUCCUCUUUCCCCUUCAAGCCGGCACCAGCGAUAGAUUUAAGUAGCAGCAUGCCUUCGCGCGCUAGUGUGAUUAUGCAGGCUAUGGACCUGUCCUCCACAGCAGGAAAGAGACAGUAGAAGAAUUCCUCAGAGCCCUAAUGCUACCCAUCAGCAUGAAUGAUUCCCUUCCCAACCAUGCCCCUCCAUUACCACCACCACCACCAGCCUGGAGGAGAAUUUAAAGGUGUUCUAUCCUGAGCUGAGCUCUUUUAAUGCUCAGUCCUGCUUAUAGAGUGUACAUUUUAAAAUGAAUGUAAGAAGCACAGGUUUAAAGGAAUUGUUCUGUGAAAAAAUUAAAUACUUUCCCUCAUUACCCCAA